AUGUGUUACGUUGCUCAAGACUUUGAAAAAGAAAAGGAAAAAGAAGCAAACGAACUCGAAAAGAUAUACAAACUUCCUGAUGAAAGAGAAAUCAAGCUUGGUGCCGAAAGAUUUGAAUAUACUGAACAAUUAUUCAAUCCAAAUAAAUAUGGAAAAGAUAUGAAUGGUAUUGCUGUUCAAGCUAAUGAUUCUUUAAUGCAUAAUGAACCAAAUCUAAGAACUGAAUUGUACGGAAAUAUUGUGUUGGCUAAUGGAAGCACAAUGAUGCCUGGCUUUGUCGAAAGAUUUAACACCGAUCUUACAAAAAUUGCACCAGAAUCUAGGAAAAUAAAUGUAACUGCACCACCCAAUGGAGAUAUUGCUGUAUAUAUGGGUGGCAAAAAUCUUUGCAAGUUUGUCAACUUUUAA